UGCAAGAAAAGAACAGAACAUAAACAAAGCUACAAUGGAGUGCGUUUCUCCCCAAAUAGAUCAUUAAUUAGUUAUUUUAAUUGUGUUUGGGUGUUUUUUUAAUGCUUCAAAAUGGUUUGCUUGUUUGAGAGUUGUGAAAGCAAUAGGCAAACGGCGAAGAAAAACCACGAAAAUGGCAUUCGAUUCAUCUCAUUCCCCACAACGGACUACACCAGCGAACAGAUGCGCAAGCUGGGGAAAAAACGGCUUUACUGGUGGUGCCGAAUUUGUGGCGUAGAUUUCACCACAACGCUAAUCAAUCAGCUUCACAUUUGCUCACGACAUUUCAUUAAAGGUAACUGUGCACCCCUGUGGGAUGUCCACAACCCAGACUGGCUGCCAAGUUUAUUCAUCCCACCGCAAACUCGUGAACCCGUCGACGCAUCGACGAUAGAAAGCUGCAAAGAGUUCCUGCGCCACGAACAGCUCACCGAAGAAUCGAUCGCUAACCCACUGCUUGACCAGCGACCCGAUCAUUCAGCACUUCGAACGCUGCUAAUUGAUGAAAUCAUUGCCUACCCGAUCGGGCGAACGUACUUCUUGCUCGACGACGAAAGCGACCAUUCAACCCCGUCCACGUACAGCGCCAGACAGCUGGCGAAGGAGAAAUGUGUGUCCAAAUCCACCCCGAUCGGACGCAUGGUGCUGGAACGGAACGCUCCCGACUGUCCGGAGCGAAUGUUUUCGCCCGGCAGCACCGUAACGCAGCUAGAUUUGUCCGUCCCGCCACGCUGGGAGAUGGAGAAAACCAUCAUGACGCUGCAGCACAGCGUGCUGGAGCUGCUGAACCAUUUGGAUUGAGUAAAUGCCAUAUGCUGGGCUAUGCUUGAUGAAAUCGA